AUGUCCUUGACACUACUGAAAUCACUUUUACUUCAUAAGGAUAAGCUUUGGUCUAUUGACUGCGCAAAAGGAUUAGCAGCAACAGCUUCCUCUGACCGUAAGAUCAAGCUCGUGAAUCUAAGAAACUUGGACUUCAAGGAAGUUGAAGAGCUCGAUGAUAAUACGCAUAAAAAAUCGGUGAGAUCGGUUGCGUUCAGACCGCACUCUUCCAUCCUCGCUGCUGGAUCUUUUGAUUCUACGAUUUCCAUAUGGGGCAGGGAAGACAGCAACGACCUACAAGAUAGUCAAGAAACAGAACUUUUGGCUAUCAUUGAAGGACACGAAAACGAGGUGAAAUCGGUUGCGUGGUCUCCGUCUGGAGAGUUUCUGGCUAGUUGCUCGAGGGAUAAGAGCGUUUGGAUUUGGGAAGCAGACGAGUUGGGUGAGGAAUUCGAAUGCUUGAGUGUAUUGCAGGAGCACAGCCAAGACGUCAAACACGUAACGUGGCAUCCUCAAAUCAAUUUGCUGGCUUCUAGCUCCUAUGACGAUACCGUGAGACUUUGGAAAGAGGAAGAAGACGAUUGGGAGUGUGCUGCAGUACUCACUGGUCAUGAGGGCACCGUUUGGUGCUCAGAUUUCGAAAACUCUGAUGCGCCUUUAAGAAUAGUGACCUGUAGCGACGACUCAACGGUACGUGUGUGGAAACAUGUGGAAGACAGCGAAGACGGUGAAGACGUCUGGGUUCAAGAAUCCAUCUUACCUCAGAUGCACACUAGAGCGGUUUACAGUGUCAGUUGGAGCCCGGACGGUUACAUCGCCAGUACAGGUUCCGAUGGGGUCUUGGCAAUCUACAAAGAAUCAGAACAAGGCAAAUGGGAAGUGGUUGCCCAACAUUCUGAGGCACAUCGUGUUUUCGAAGUGAACGUCGUGAAAUGGACAAAAAUUAACGGAGAGCACAUCUUACUAUCGGGAGCAGAUGAUGGGAGUGUCAACGUCUGGAAGUUUUCUGCAUGA